UUUUAUAUCGACUUCUUCUCAAAAUGGAUAACUUAUACAUGAAAGGUGAACUAUUACAAGUUCAUACAAAGAACAGCGAAAUACAUGAAGGCCGGUUUUACGGAAUGACUAACGAUAAAUCUAAAAUAUCUCUUUACAAUGUUAAAGAAUCCCCUAAAGGUGAUCCAAGUGAUGGUGUUUUACAUUAUUAUGACUCUGACAUAAGAGACAUCGUGAAGCUCAAGGAACCUACUGAGCAAAAGCAUUUAAAAAUAUCAGAGAAAGAUUGCGAAGAAAUAAUAAAGACAUCCAAGAAGUAUAUUUAUAUAAACCAGGUUGAUAAGAGUUUCCAUGAGGCUGUGGAAGAGUUGAGCCAGUACAUCUACAUAGGCUUGAGUACUGAUGGAGCAAGUAUGGGGAGAAAAUGUAAAAUGCCUUUCCUGGUUCUGUCUACACCUCAACAAAUUUAUAUUUUUGACACUAAAGUCAUGGAAUAUCAUGCAUUUGAAGCUGGCCUAAAGAAACUGCUGGAAAGUGAAACUCCAAAAAAGAUUGUCCAUGAUUCUCGGAAGGUGUCUGAUUGUUUGUAUCAUAAACACAAUGUUAAGUUAAACUCAGUGUUUGACACCCAGGUUGGUGAUCUACUGAUAAGCAGGAACAAAACUGGUCGCCUGCCUGAUAAAGUGAAGAGUUUGUCAGAGUGUUUGAAUCUUUAUCUUGGAUUACAACUUUCCUCGGUGGAUGAAAAACUUGGUGUAUUGGAGUGUACUGAGCGUCCAUUGCAAACAAAGAUUAAGGACAGCCUCGCCAAGAAUAUAGCUUUCCUGCAUCGUCUUUCAGAAACCAUCAAUGAUGAAAUGAUGUUACCAUUUGUAAGGGGAGUUGAAUGCUUUGUCGAAAAUAUACGCGCUUUAGAUGACUUCAAAGCUUGGGAACGCUGUAGUAUGCAAAAUCAACUACCAAAGGACUUUAAGAGUGCAAUUGAGUAUUAAAUACUACUUUUAUCACACAUUCCGAAGAAAACAAAAAUUGUAGAUGUAGAUUGUUUUUUUCUUUUCUGGCACAUUUUGGUUUCAUGCUAAUGUUUGGCUUUAGACUAGUCUCAAAAAUACAGUAUUAAAAUUGUAUUAAGUAUAUUACAGUUGUACUAAUUUGGAAAUUAAUAAUUAUAUUUUUGAUGCUUACAAGUUAAUGAGGUUAACACUAUAAUCAAUAUAUGUAACAAUCAAUUAUACUGCUUAGUGUUUGAUGUAACUGUGAUCACUCAGUGCAAGUGUCUAAAUAGCUUUUUAAAUAUCCCUAAAUUAGGUUUAUUUUUAUAUUUAUGGUAAAAAUGUUACAAUGUAAGGCUUGAAACAUUUAAUUGUGUGACUCAAAUGUAUUUAUUAAGUAAAAUAAUGUUUUUCAUCAUAUCUUGUAGUAGGUAUAGUAUCUAUUUAUCUUUGAUGUAAGAUUGAGAAUAUUUUGAGAGAUGGUUUACAGAUAUGGAAUUUAAUAAUGGUGUGGUUUAUAAUUACGUGUCUAGAUAAUAAUUUGUCCUUUUCAUCAAGAAGCUAGCUUUUGUGAAGUUAAAGCCAUGCUUUUAAUAAAACCUGUAUGUGCUUGAAA